AGCGGGGCGGCGAGCGGGGGGCGAUGAACGGGACGGCGAUCGCGGGGACGCCCAUCGCCGUGGAUUGCUGGAGCGUGCGGCGCGCGCCCGGGGCGCGGCUCUUCUUCCUCUCGCACCUACACGCCGACCACACCGCGGGGCUCUCCAGCACCUGGAGCCGCCCCAUCUACUGCUCGCCGCUCACCGCCCGCCUGCUGCGGCGGCGCCUGCAGGUGCCGCCGUGCUGGAUCCGGCCGCUGGAGGUGGGACAGAGCCAUGUGGUGGGCGAGGAGGUGACGGUGACGCUGCUCGACGCCAACCACUGCCCCGGCUCCGUCAUGUUCCUCUUCGAGGGUGCCUUUGGCACCAUCCUGUACACAGGGGAUUUCCGCUACGCGAGGAGCAUGCAGGACGAGCCAGCGCUGCAGGGCCGUCACAUCGACCGCCUCUACUUGGACAACACCCACUGCCACCCACAACGGCCGCUGCCCUCGCGACAGCACGCCACGCGCCAGGCUGCCCACCUCAUCCGCUCGCACCCGCGGCACCACGUCGUCAUCGGUCUGUACAGCCUGGGGAAGGAGGCGCUGCUGGUGGACCUGGCCGUGGAGUUUGGCACCUGGGUGGUGGUGAGCCCCUGGCGCCUGGAGCAGAUGCGGCUGCUGGAGCUGCCUGAUGUCUUCACCACCGAGGAGGGAGCCGGCUGGAUCCGUGCUGUGGAUGUCGCUGAGAUCCGCUCGGAUACCCUCGUCAGCUGGAACAAGCUGCACCCCACCAUUGCCAUCGUCCCUACCGGCAGGCCGGUGAAGGUCACCCACCCCAACAUCCACACCAUUCCCUACUCGGAUCACUCAUCUUUUUCGGAGCUGUGCGAAUUUGUGGAGUGGCUGAAGCCGUGCUCGGUCAUUCCCAUCGUGAAGGGCAGCACGUGCCAGGCUUACUUUCAGAAAUACUUAAGUUCUGCCCCGCAGGUACUUCCUGACUUUGAUGUCCCAAAGCCUGUGCACGAGCCCGUCCAGCAGCAAAGCAAAAGGAAGGGGCAGGAACCCAUGUGUCGCCUGAAGAGAGCGGCACAGCAGUCUGCGCCCCGAGGAGUGGUUUAUGAGUCCCCUGAGAAAUACGAAGAGUCCACAGGUGUUGAGGCUCUUCAGCAGAACUGCUAUAAGUCUGUGCUCUCAAGAGGAGGCUGCGCUUGUGACGCUGGAAAGGAGACAGGGAAGGAAAAGCUGAGCAGAGAACAGCCAGGAGGAGCCGGGGCAGCCAGCGCUGUCAGCCAGGCCUCUGCUUCUGAGGAGCACUUUCUGACUGGACUCGCACAACAGUAUUUACUCACUCCCUUAAAUGUCCUAAAGCAGAAUUCCUUGCAGAAAUUUGACAAGCUGGUAGAAGAUUUCUUGAGGAGGGGAGAAGCGUCUUGAAAAAUCGUGUGAUGCUUGCAGUGCCGAUGCAGGUGAGAGCAGGUCUCGCUCCUGCAUCCUGUUCUGUGCAUAAGCCUCCCAUCGGGAGAGAGGAGUUCAGCUAAGGCCUUUAUUUUCUUUACCUCUUUUUAGAGGAGAAGGAGGAAACUGGAACUGGAUUUUGUUUUGGAAGAUAUUUAUUUAUAUAUCUCUGGAUCUGUUGGGUCUCCACCCUACAGCCGGGCAGCGCAGUCCUGCGUGUCUACCUCCUGCCGGCUUUGUACAGUGACUUCUCUGUCUCCUGAGGCAGAAGAUGCUGCCAGAGGACUGAGCUGCAGAGGGCGUGAGCUGCCUGCAGCCGAGGCAAUUCAUGGGGUUGGAAGGAAAGAAGCAAGAGGGAAUCGGAGAGCCCCGGCAAUACUUUUUGUCUGUCUGUAAUUCUUCUUGUAUGUCUGUAGUGCCUCAUUGUCAAUGACCGUUCGUUCCAGGACGCAUUACAAAUAUUUAUGUAUUAAGGUAGGUUUGAAAAAUGAUGCUUAAAGAAGUCUAGAAAACGCAGUCCGUUUAUGUAUUUUCUAUCUUUUAAUCCACUAACGCCUCCAGACAGUGGCGCUUCAGGCCAGCCAACUGCAGCCGGAUCCUUCUCUGUGCUCCUGAGAGCACCAUCGUUCUGUUAACUGUCAAUGUUUUUUCAGGUUACUAGCUGGAAAAAAUAGGAAUUGUUUGGGUUGUGGAGCUCAGGAAUUUCCAAAAUGGGUUACUAGAUCCAAGGCAGACUCUGCACCUGAGUCUGCAAGCUUGGAUUCUGCUUGACGGCAAAGUGCUUCGGGUAAUGGCCAGUGUUCCGCUAAGCCCACCGUCUUUUCAUCCGCUGCCCAUUCUUAUCACACCGUGGAGGAUAACAAAGCAUCUGCUUAGUGGGGUAAAGAGCUGUGCAUGGUUUGGAGGGAAUAAAUACUGUGUCUGAAUAGCAAAACUGGCUCUGUUGGUUAGAGCUCAGGCACUUUCCUACUCCGGAUCAGCUGCAGAGCCACAGCCUGGUGCAGCCAGAAGUGCUGGAAGUGUGACCCACCAGCAGGUGCCCACUGCGAGCCUGGAAACAUGGUAGGUAUCUGUGCCAAACUGCACGAGCACCACCACGCACUGGCUCCCUAUGAGGUCAAGGCAGCAACUCUAGAGUGGGAAUGCUCAGGCACUUUCUAGAGCAACAAACCAGCUGGUUAUUCAGCUUUUUCCAGCCUCCUGUUUGCUCCUUUUGACACCAGAUGCUGCCCGUGAUCCUGAUCAGGAUCAGAGUCUAUUCUGAAUGCAGUGUCCUUCACCGUCACUCCCAGGCCAGUCAGCCAGGUGGAUUUAAUUCCCUGAAUCAAGCUAGAAAAAGGAAGCCUUUGCUCUUUGAGUAAAGCUGAGGCUGGUGCAAAGCUAAGAUGCCCGCAGACGCGCAGCCACACCUGCUAAAAACAGGGCUGUGCUGAACAGUAAUCAUGAUGACAGCCAGAGUGGGUACGUUUGAAAAGCUCUUUGGCAAACAUGAGCCCUGACUCCCAGCCCUGCGCCUUCGCAGGCGUUUAUCGCUGUGCAUAAGCAGGGACUCUCCCCGGGAGCGCCUGUGCAUUCUGCCUCCCCACUGCUUCGGGGACAUCGGAACUGAGGGAGCGUUGUUCUACGGAAUGUGCCUCACAAGGGGCAGCUCAGGCUUCUCGCUGUGGUCUGUAUGGCCCCGUUUCUUGGGGGUUUCCGUGUGAAUUAUUUGCUAAUCAAAACUAACCUGCAGAGCUGCCUCAG